AUGUCGAGCCAAUUCCUAGUGUGGAACGCUCAGGGUGUGACGAAUACCCACGUCAAGAGGCAUCUAAAAAAUUUGAUUCGGGAACACAAGAUUUUAUUUGCUACUGUGAUUGAACCCCAAAGGGCGGCGCCGGCAGUGGGGAGGAACUUUCAGGGGCUUCGUUUUGUUGGAGCCAAUGUGAGUGGACAUAUCUGGAUACUAGCCCAUGAGGAUUGGACGGAGGAGGUGGUAGAUGACUCGAGGCAGGUCCUACAUAUUAAGGUCACUGCUGCAGUCUUCUCGUUCCCUAUCUACAUCUCUAUAGUAUAUGGUAGACAUACGAGGGAGACGAGACAUGAGCUAUGGAAAAAGCUUGGGGAUAUCUCUUUGGCCGUGGAUGGCAGACCGUGGCUAGUGGGAGGCGACUUCAACAUAUUCCUGACUAAUGAGGAGCGACAGGGGAGUGACACGGACAAACACAGAAAGAUGAUGGAGUUUGCUGAUGCCAUUGCGGACUGCCAGUUGAUAGAUCCGGGCAUUGAUGGGCCAAUCUUUACCUGGCAUAGGGCAGGUCUUAGGGAGAGGUUGGACAUGAUCUUGAUUGGGGAGCAUUGGACAUCGGUGUUUGCGACAACCAGAGUGACCCACUUGGCGAGAUUCAGCUCUGAUCAUGCCCCUUUGCUAGUGAGAUGUCAGUUUUCCGUUCAGAGAUCUAGGCCGACAUUCAGAUUUCAGAACAUAUGGGUAAGGCACGAGACCUUCAAGAGUGAGAUUGCUAGAGUUUGGGAGGCGGAAACAUGCUAUAACGGUAUGAUGAACCUUCAGCUCAGGCCUAUCAGGAUCAAGAAAUUCCUAAAGGUCUGGAACAGAGUGGUUUUUGGCAACAUCCACCAGAAUCUGAAGAAUGCUGAGGAUACAGAAGAGAGUGAAGUCGAGGAUACAUAUGAUCGAGGCAGGGGGCAAGUGCUGACUGAGGUGACCGAGAUUAGGAACUCGGUGACCACCUUCUUCCAGCAGCUCUUGACUUCUGAUGUAGGAGGCCUUGACCAGCCAGAUUUGACACUUAUUCAUAGCCUUCCAGAUUCAGUGGACCAGGAUGCCUUGUGCUCGGUUCCGCAGGAGAAGGAAGUUCGGGAUGCAGUGUUUGGGAGUGAUGUGAUUGAAGCUGUUGGGGAUUUCUUCAGUGGGCCGUUCAUGACUCGGAGCUUCGCGGCGACCAUGAUCAUACUCAUACCGAAGAAACUGAAUCUAGUCACGUGGGGGGAUUACAGACCGAUAAGUCUUUGCAAUGUCACGAACAAGAUCAUCACAAAGAUCUUAGCAUCGAGACUAGCACCUCUGCUUCCCCUUGUCAUCGCACCGAAUCAGAGUGGAUUCAUUAGGGGGCAUCUUCUUAGUGAUAAGUCUUGCUUGCUCAGGAGUUGA